CAGCACCCAAUUCCACCAGUUUUAGCGAGGGCUGCAUCAGACCUCGACAACUAUUCAGAACGAAAGCUAACGAAAUAAGUUGAAUUUUCAAGAAUUCAAACGACGCUAGGAUUUUCCAGGAAAAUCCGAAACUUUGUGAAAACUGCACACAAAAUGGACAGCGACGGACAGCUGGAAAAGGAGCUGGAGAGAGAGCUGGACGAGAUGCCGGUCCAAGACUUGGAAGAGUUCGACGAUGAGUUCGAUCUGAUGAACCCUGUGCCGGUAGCAUCGGGUAGUAAACCAUCUUCCCAGCCAGAUGAUACCAUUGAGAUUAGUUCAUCCUCUGAGACCGAUGAGAAGCCAUUUAAGAAUUCCGGGAAAAGCGCCAAACCAAAGGUUUCCCAUGAACUUGAUGACGGAUCAUCUGAUGAUACUAUAGGGUCCGAGGACGGAAGCGAAUCCGAUUCGGACUCGGAAGAAAUUAAGCUAGAACGCACCUUCAAAAAGCUAUUCUGUUCGCCGAAGAAAUCAACAGACCAUUUCGAAAAAAUGGCGGACGUUGCCCUCAAACUCAAUGACAUUGAACGUUUUGAGUGGACUAUGGAGAUGAUGGACAAUUAUAGGGGCAUUCCGGCUCACAUUUGGUUAAAAUACCUCAAGAUGUUGUUGGUGGUCACCCAGACCUCCGAGGAACGUAAGGCGUUUGAGAAAAAGUGCGCCACUGCCCUGAAAGUCGAAUACAAUACAGCGCUGGCCGAAUUCGUGGUGACUUACCUGGUGAACAAAGGCAACGUAGAGGAGAACCAUGUCCUUUGGGCCAGAUUACUCAGUGACUACGACUUAGAGCGACCGGAUUUCGGUAAAAAGCUACGUGAGCUUCUCGAGAAAGACGAAAACAAGAUGUCGUUUCGGGUGCUAUUGAAGCAUCAUUGUACCACCUGGGACUGCUCAAGGGAGGAACGUAAUAUUAUCAAAAUGCUUGUGGAUGACUUCAACUUUGACUUAAAGACCACAAAGCCGACUGACCUUUCAUGGGAGUGGAAAAGGUUACACAAAUAUAACAUAGAGGAAGUGAAGCGCGCAGAAGUCAGCUUGGAUAUUAGAAACGCCAUCGUUCGUUACAUCUUUGAGCGUUUGGUGGGAAAGUUUGAUUCCGAUGAUACCUUUUGGAUCGAAUACAUACGGUUCGUGUCGGAACUCGACGGUUCAGAAGACUUCACCGAAUGUCCAAAUGCGCGCGAGUUAUUGGAGCGCCGCAUCGGCCGUGGAUAUCUAAGUAAUAAAUCUGUGGACCUGGCAAAACGUGGAAGUAAGCGCUGUCCCAGCGUCCGUUUAAACCACCUAUACCUCCAGGAAAUGUUUGACGCUUGUUACGAGAAAGAUCAGAUCGAUAGCGAGGUUAAAGCGAUGCUGGCGCGCAUAAGGCUAAAAAUGUGUAUGACAGUGGAGCUGCAUUUGGACUAUCUCGCCUAUAGAGUGCGAACAACUGAAUCCGAAUAUGAGGAGCAGGUUGCCAGCCUUCGCGAGGCUUUCCAGAAGGCUUGGGACGACCUUUCCUCUUGGUAUGGCGACCAGGCAGACACUCGCUACGAGAUUCUGCAGCUGUGGGCGCAGGUUGAGUACUCGAAGCUAGCUAGUCCGGAAAACGGCGAGUUUAUUUGGCGCCAAAUUUUGGCGUAUCCUGAAAGCUCACACUAUGGUCUUCUUUGGCACAACUUUGCCCAAAUGGAAUUUCAGUAUAAUCCUGAGGGCCGUAAAACUCGGGGUAUCCUUUUGGAGGCACUCAAGCAGCCGACUUUAAAGGAUGGUCUUAUGGUGCAGGAAAUGCUUCGCCGUUACGAAAGAUCUUGCGGCAGCUACGAUUCCAUUGCGGCCUGUCAGGGUAUGGAGCUACCCAAGGAAUAUUAUGAAUUGCUUCCCAAUCCAAUGCAUUCGAAAUGGAGGAAUGCCCAUCCUCGCCAGCAGCAGGAGAAGAGUUCGGUUAAUCAGCGUCAACCAAAGAAACAGCCUCCGAAAGCCAAAGAACCAGUGGCUUCGACUUCAGCUGCCGCCAAAGCAGCCUUAAAGCGUAUUGCCGUUUCAGAGACGCGUGAAUCCCACUUUAAGUACUCAACACAACUGGAGACUAAUAAGAUUUUUGUGAAGAAUCUGCACAAUGAUUGCACAAAGGUAGAACUGCAGAACCUCUUUUCGCCGUUCGGCACCAUUAAGGAUGUACGUUUGGUACAAAAACAAAACAAACCGGGUAUCGCCUACGUGGAGUUUGAUGUGCCAUCUGCUGCCCAAUCAGCGGUGACUGGACGAGAUGGGUAUCUGUUGGGCGGCAUAAAAAUCUCUGUGAUGAUAUCGAAUCCGCCGCCAAGGAACCUUCUGUCUCCGAGCAAGAAGUGGACGUCCUCGUCGAAUGAUUCUGCUAAGGCCAAGGUGGCGCCUAAGCGUCGCAUGCCGACCACACUGAUUCCCACGGCCUUGGUGCGCAAGGAGGUGGCCGAAAAGAAGCUACGCCUAAACGACAACACCGAAGGGCAGAAAUCCGCAGAGGCAGGACCAAACGGAAAGAUCGAAGAUUCGAAAAAAGACAAGGAGGAAGCUGGAACUUCGAAGUCCAACGAUGACUUCAGAAAGCUACUGAAUCUGUGAAGGCUUCCACCGAACUUCUAGUAAUUAAGUACCUAUAAGAUAUUGGUUUUAUAGCCAAGCCAGGAGCGCAUGUACAAAAUUGAGCUUUACAAACCAAUAUUUGUAAGUUACAUAUCCGUUUUUUGUUUCAACAUCUUUUUCAUUUUGUUUCGUUCUUUGAAAAGAACGAGCUUACAAAUAUUUGUAAGUUACAUCCGUUUUUGUUUUGAACCAUUUUUUAUUUUUUGUAUUUCCUUAAAAAACACCUCACUUACUGACACGUACAAAUUCAAAAUGAAGAAUUGAAUGUAAACUUGAAAUGAAUCAAGAGAGACGUGAAAUAA